AAGCACCUGACAUCUGUGAGUUGCCACUACGGGGCUGGGUAGUGGGAUCACUAGAAAUAUUCAAAAGGAAACACUGGGCUACUUAAAAAAGCAACAUGAAAGACUCUAAGAAGCCAUCUGCAAGUGAGAAAUGCUUCUGUAUAUCCAAGCUUAAGGUAUUUCUGUUGGCAUUAUCAUUUGCCUACGUUGCUAAAACCAUGUCUGGUGCCUAUAUGAACAGCAUGAAUACGCAGAUAGAGAAACAAUUUAAUAUUCCAGCCUCUCUGGUGGGGAUCAUUAGUGGCAGCUUUGAAGUUGGAAACUUGUUGCUGAUAGCUUUUGUGAGUUAUUUUGGAGCAAAACUUCACAGACCAAGAAUAAUUGCUUUGGGGUGCACAGUCAUGGCCUUUGGCUGCCUUUUGAUAUCGCUGCCUCAUUUCCUAAUGGGACGAUAUCAGGUUGAAACCAGCAUUUCAUCAACUGAGAAUUCUUCUUCAAGCAUGCCUCUCUGCCUUGCAAGUAAUGGCCAGUCUUCUAUCCCUAUGGAGAAACCAUCAGGAGAGUGUGAAAAGGAGCCUGGGUCCUUGAUGUGGGUGUUUGUGCUGGUAGGAAACAUUAUACGAGGAAUGGGUGAAACUCCCAUUAUGCCACUGGGCAUUUCAUAUGUGGAAGAUUUUGCCAAAGCUGAAAAUUCACCUUUAUACAUUGGCUGCCUGCAUACAGCCACGGUGAUAGGCCCCCUGCUUGGUUUCAUGUUGGGAUCAUUCUGUGCACAGCUGUAUGUUGAUCUGGGAUUAAUAGAUCUAGAGGAGGUGACUUUAACCCUAACCGAUGCACGUUGGGUUGGGGCAUGGUGGCUGGGCGUUUUGAUUUGUGGAUCAGUGAAUCUCCUCGCUGGCAUGCCUUUUUGGUUUCUGCCUAAGACCCUUUUCAAGGAAGGAGAAGAAAGUGAUACUGAGGUACCACACAGAAUAAGCGAAACACUGGUACAGGGAAAUGGUAAAAACCAAGUCAAACAGAACAUGUAUGAAAUCGCUAAAGAUUUCCUGCCAUUUCUUCGGGCUUUGUUUCACAACCCUGUGUAUAUGCUGUUUGUAUGCAUUACUGUUUUACAGUUCAAUGCCUUUGAUGGCAUGAUAUCCUUUAUGCCAAAAUAUCUGGAACAGCAGUUUGGGAAAUCUGCAUCAGAUGCCAUCUUUUUAAUAGGUAUUUACAAUUUACCAAUUAUAUGCAUUGGAUAUUUUCUUGGAGGCUUGCUGAUGAAGAAAUUUAAGACAAAUACUAUUCAAGCUGCCAAAAUAGCCUUUUGGAUCUCUUUACUUGAAUACCUUAUCUACUUUGCUGCUUACUUCAUGGUCUGUGAAACUUCUCCAGUUGCUGGUCUAACAGUCUCCUAUGAAGGAAUAGAACAAGUUUCAUAUAUGGAAACAACCCUACUUGCUGACUGCAAUAGUGAUUGUGAUUGUACACUAAAAGUGUGGGAUCCUGUUUGUGGGGACAAUGGAAUAACUUAUGUUUCACCUUGUCUUGCUGGAUGUAAAGGAUCAAAUGGCACUGGAAAACACAUGGUAUUUGAAAACUGUGCCUGUGUUGCAGCAUCAGCAUUUUCAUCUAGAAAUAUCUCUGCAGUUCUGGGCCAGUGUGAUAGAGAAGAAAACUGUGACAAGAUGCUUCAGUAUUUUUUAAUAUUAUCGUUAGUCUGCUGUUUCAUUUAUUCUUUAGGAGCCACACCAGGAUACAUGGUCUUAAUAAGGUCUCUAAAGCCUGAAGAAAAGUCAUUUGGUGUGGGCAUCCAUGCAUUAGCUGCAAGAGUAUUAGCUGGGAUACCAUCUCCUGUUUAUUUUGGAGCUUUGAUAGAUACUACAUGUUUGAAAUGGGGAACCAAAACAUGUGGUGGAGAAGGAGCUUGUAGGAUGUAUGACAUUGUCACAUACAGAUGGUUCUACCUGGGUCUGCCAGCAAUAUUGCGUGGAGUGUCCUAUAUCCCAUGUGUGUUAAUUCUCCUUAUUUUAAAGAAGCAACUUAAAUCUUCUGAAAACAUCCUUUUAUCGGACACACCAAUGGAAAUGCAGGUCAAAGAAGAGGAAAUGAGUGAACAGAGGCAUUCUUAAGCCUAAAUAUUUGCACUACACAUCAUGGGACAACUUUGUAGUGUAAACCUGGACAUAUCUUUAUUAAUGAUAAGUUGCUGAAACUAGCCAAUGCUUAUCCUGAGACUAAUAUAAUUCUAGAUAGCUAGUUCCCCAUUCUUUUAUUAACAACAUAAGAUACAACUCCAGAGCAGACAGUAAAAAAGGAGCAUAAAUAGUACAAAACAAUCCAGUCUCCAAUAUAAUAAUUUAGGGAAUAUCAGAGGCUAGUAAUCUGAGUAAAAAACUAUGAACCCCAAAAUACCUGCGGUGAAAUUCUGGACUCCCUUCAAGGAGGUUCAAGUUUUAUCCCUGAAGUCUAUAUCAGGUUCUGCCACAGGUUCACUCUUUGUAAACUAGUCACAUAACCACUUUGUGCCUCAGUUUCCUACAGUGGAGGAGGAAACUUUUCUAUCUACUUAGAUUGUAAGCUCUUUAUGGCAGGGACCAUAUUUUGGUUCUGUGUUUGUACAAUACGAGUAGAGCUUUUGGUGCUGUGGUAAUACAAGUAAUAAAAAGAAUAAUACCUUGGUAUGAAGGGUAUUUAAUGUUUCUACACAGCAUUUAAGAUGGAAAUCUCUCAGUAUUUGUGAUAUGACAGAAAAUAUUUCACUAAAGAAGGAAAUAAAUCAUGGUGCAUGUGAGUUGUAAGUGACAGAAUAAUAAAUGAGGGCUGUUUUGCACAUUGUA